AGGCACCGUGUGUUUACCUGACAUUAUACAGUACAAGGCAACUUAUAGUAUACAGUAUAUAUUAUAGGCUAUGUAUAGAUAAGUAUACAUAUUACUUAUCUGACAGCGACUGUAACCAUUUAAACGUUCAGUUAGUCUGCAAGAGGAAUCAGUUCCCCUUUUCUGUUGCAAGAUUUACAAGCGCUGGCAACCGUUUCAGAGACUGAAAUGAGAAUCACAUGUCAAGUCAAGUGCCUGCAGACCGUCUCGGAAGCAAGAAACGAAAGCGUGAAGACAUGGCUGCGCCGGACGGGCAGGAGACCCUAGAGAGCUGGCUCGAUAAAGCCACAGAUCCCAGCAAUUCCAGCGAGCGAUGGGACUGCAUUCAGCGAGUCUAUGAGCAGGUCAAUGAAGAACAGGACGGGCCUCAAGUCGCCACAAGGCUUUUAGCUCAUAAGAUCCAGUCACCCCAGGAGAAAGAAGCACUGCAGGCCUUGACAGUUUUAGAAGUUUGCAUGAACAACUGUGGGAAGCAGUUUCACAAGGAGGCCGGGAAGUUCCGUUUUCUCAAUGAAUUAAUAAAAGUUUUAUCACCAAAGUACUUAGGCAAGAUCAGCCCAGAGGCAGUGAGGUUAAAGGUCACAGAGGUUCUCUAUGGCUGGACUCAGUGGCUGAAAGAUGAGGUCAAGAUCCAGGAGGCCUAUCAGAUGCUAAAGAAACAAGGAAUAGUGAAACAAGACCCCCCAUUAUCGAGGGAAAUCAUAAUGCCCCCCCUGUCUCCCAGAGCAACGGCCUCUAUGUUUGAUGACGCCGACAAAACAAAGCUGCUGGAGAAGCUCCUGAAGAGCCAACGCUUGGACGAUCUGCAGGCCGCCAACUUGCUGAUAAAGAGCACUGUGAAGGAGGAGGAAGACAGACUGGAGAAGGUGAGCAGGCGGACCAGUGCCGUAGAGGAAGCGAGGAGCACCGCAAAGCAUCUGAGGGAGCUUCUGGAGAAGCACAGGAGGGCUGACCUGUCCUCAGAAGAGCAGGAGGAAAUGAAGAACCUGUUUGCGAGCUGUGACAAGAUGAGGCCCACAUUGUUCCGACUGGCCAGCGACACGGUGGACGACGAUGCCGCACUUGCUGAAAUCCUCCAGGCUAAUGACAAGCUGAUAUUCACCGUUAAUUUGUAUAAUAAAGAGGUGGGAAGUACACUAGCUAACGGCUCAGGAGAGCAGCCCAAAAACAUGGCAGGCGUCAUGAACUCCAAAGAGACAAAGACGUACCACCUCAUAGACCUGUCAGCACUGGACAUCGCCCAGCCUGAUAACAAGCCGGCGCCUGUCGGUGGACUGGGCAACAACGGCCUGUCCCUGCUGGAUGAGCAGCUCCUGGAGUUUGGAUUAAGUGACUCCCCUCCAGAAAUGAAUAAUGUCACCACACAGCUGCCUCAGCCUUUGAGAUGUGAUGAACUUUACGGCCUGGGAGACAUUACCACACGCACGGUGACAGCGAGCAGCGUGCUAAGGGCUCGAGGCUGCUCUGGGAAUGGAGGACUGGAGUUAAAGAGAGACUUCACCCAGGGAUCCUGCACAGUUCCUUCUCAGCAUGGCUGGUCUGUUCUUCAACCCACACCAGCUUUGGGCAGCACCCUGAGCCAGCCAAGCAUUUUUCCAGAAUCGGUUGAUAAUCGGUCCUUAUCCAACGUCUUUGUCCCUUUGGAGUCGAUAAAGCCCAGUGCUGCCGCGCCUGUUACGGUCCAUGACAAGGACGGCAUACGAGUGAUGCUGCACCUGGCCAGGGAUUCGCCGCCGGGGCGACCGGAUGUCAUCGUCAUGGUGAUCUCGAUGUUGAACACUUCGCCACAUGCUGUCAGGGAUGUCGUCUUCCUGGCUGCGGUGCCAAAGACCAUGACUGUGAAGCUGCAGACGUCCUCUGGGACACAGCUUCCAGCCUACAACCCCCUGCUGCCCCCAACGUCCAUAUCCCAGGUCCUGCUCCUCUCCAACCCUCUCAAAGCUAAGGUGCGAUUACGGUACAAGCUGGAGUUCCUUCACGGAGAGCAGAAGACCACCGAGCUGGGAGAAGUGGACGGCUUCCACUCUGAAAUCCUCCAGGCUAAUGACAAGCUGAUAUUCACCGUUAAUUUGUAUAAUAAAGAGGUGGGAAGUACACUAGCUAACGGCUCAGGAGAGCAGCCCAAAAACAUGGCAGGCGUCAUGAACUCCAAAGAGACAAAGACGUACCACCUCAUAGACCUGUCAGCACUGGACAUCUCCCAGCCUGAUAACAAGCCGGCGCCUGUCGGUGGACUGGGCAACAACGGCCUGUCCCUGCUGGAUGAGCAGCUCCUGGAGUUUGGAUUAAGUGACUCCCCUCCAGAAAUGAAUAAUGUCACCACACAGCUGCCUCAGCCUUUGAGAUGUGAUGAACUUUACGGCCUGGGAGACAUUACCACACGCACGGUGACAGGGAGCAGCGUGCUAAGGGCUCGAGGCUGCUCUGGGAAUGGAGGACUGGAGUUAAAGAGAGACUUCACCCAGGGAUCCUGCACAGUUCCUUCUCAGCAUGGCUGGUCUGUUCUUCAACCCACACCAGCUUUGGGCAGCACCCUGAGCCAGCCAAGCAUUUUUCCAGAAUCGGUUGAUAAUCGGUCCUUAUCCAACGUCUUUGUCCCUUUGGAGUCGAUAAAGCCCAGUGCUGCCGCGCCUGUUACGGUCCAUGACAAGGACGGCAUACGAGUGAUGCUGCACCUGGCCAGGGAUUCGCCGCCGGGGCGACCGGAUGUCAUCGUCAUGGUGAUCUCGAUGUUGAACACUUCGCCACAUGCUGUCAGGGAUGUCGUCUUCCUGGCUGCGGUGCCAAAGACCAUGACUGUGAAGCUGCAGACGUCCUCUGGGACACAGCUUCCAGCCUACAACCCUCUGCUGCCCCCGACGUCCAUAUCCCAGGUCCUGCUCCUCUCCAACCCUCUCAAAGCUAAGGUGCGAUUACGGUACAAGCUGGAGUUCCUUCACGGAGAGCAGAAGACCACCGAGCUGGGAGAAGUGGACGGCUUCCACUGAACGCGCCGAGAACAACGCAAACAAGGAUGCUGGGAGCUAUGACCAUGUGACAGGGGCAGACUUGAGGUUAUAUGGAGGGUUUUAGCCUGCUGCCUUUAUUUAUUUUAAAGUUUUAUAUUGACUUUAAAUAACUUUAUUUAGGGCUUGACCCUUUCAGUGCCAAAAAACAUGCAAUGUGUAAUUAAGGGGCCUCCUGAGGUUGUCAGUGGUCAUAUCUCACUUCAGCUAAACUAGGGGUUUAAGCAUAUGAUAGUGACCUUUUACAAUACCAUCACAUGCUGGUUUUUAAUGAUCAAGUAUAUGUGAUUAUAAAUGAGCUAAAGAGAACUGAACCACUUGCAUUAUUUUAUUAUAGAUUAUUUUGAUUCUUAUGAACUAGAAGGUUGUUACUUCUUUGGUCUGCUAGCAGUUUGACAUUGCAUGGGGGAAUUGUAGACAUGAUUUAUUUCUGAAUUCUUCAGCCAAUGCUGGGCGUUUGUUUCAUUUUCUGUUUCCUUGGAAAAUGCAACCUCCUUGGAGAAAGGAAUCAUUAUGGCGACCAAGUCUUUUGCAAAGAUAAUAUGGCCAUUCUUGCCUCUCCUACUCCAGCUGUUAUUUAACAUUUUGUUUCCUUGGCUAAUAACCAGUCAGCAUGGAGUCAUUAUGUUUUGGAAGCACCAUAAUUCUGCCCUAAUAACUUUCUUAUGAAGCAUUAAAAUCCCUUUGAUUACCA